AAUGAAUGAGAUGACUGUGUGAUGACUGAAAAUGAAACCAAGUUUUUACUUACUAAAUAUAAGAUUAACAUAGAUAUUUAAAUUUCAACUCUUCAAUCAUGAUGGCAGGAAAAGGUAUGCCGGAGACGGAGGAGCAGAAUAGGAUAAGGUUUCAAGUGGAGCUGGAAUUCGUUCAAUGUUUAGCCAAUCCAAAUUACAUUCAUUUUCUAGCACAGCGAGGCUACUUCAAGGAGCAGACCUUCAUCAACUACCUGAAGUACCUCCAGUACUGGCGGGAGCCGGAGUACGCUCGCUACCUCAAGUACCCAAUGUGCCUACAUUUUCUGGAGUUGUUGCAGCAUGAGGCGUUUAGAAGAGAAUGUGUAUCAGCUCAGGUGUGCAAGUUCAUGGACGACCAGGCGAUCCUGCUGUGGCAGCACUACACGCGGCGGCGCACGCGCACGCUGCAGCCGCCGGACGCGCCCGCGCCGCCCGCGCCGCCCGCGCCGCCCGGCCCGCCAAGACAGCAGUCGUAGGGUUAGCUUUGAAAGAUCUUUCAAGUUUUGCCAUCCUGUGACUAAAAGGCUGUUAGCCUUCUCUACUUUUGUUUUCAAAGGGUUACCUUUGACUGCAAAAGACGUCAACUAACGCGCGCGGCUUCAGCCGAAUAUCAACCUUCGUGCAUUGCGACAAGGUCCACGAUGACACGCCGCGCGCGAUAGGGUUAAAGAAUUUUUCCAGACUCCAGCGGCUUUUUAGUUGGAAGUUUGAGGAUGACAGUGUAGGUCCAAUAGACCCUAGCGCAUAUGCUGAUAUUGCUGAUGCUAGCAGCUUUAAUCGCAUAACUGUAUUCUGCAAAAACGCAAAUGGAAAUAAAAAAAAUAUUUGGUAGCUAAUAUGCCUUACACAGUCUGUAUCCAUACACUCUGGCUGGCUUAGUAGUUAAAGGCAAAGAGUUAUUGAUUGUAGAAGAGGUGUAAAGUUUAAGGAAAAAUCGUGCAGCUGAACUGGAUGGCGCUGUAUGUCGCCAUGUGUUGUGUGGUAACUGAAUGGUCUAAACUUCUAAAGUAUAAGCAACUUAUGACAACCAGAGUUACCGCAUAAUGUACGGAGCCAUAUAGCGCCAUCUAUGUUACCUGUGAAAUUGUAAGUACGAAUUUGUCUUAAUACUUUACAGAUGUAAUAUGUAAUACGAUCAAAAUGUUUGGUAAUAGGGUUCCGUUCAGCAUUCUUCAAACCGAAAAUGUCGGCAAAAAAUACAGGUCUCUACUGCUACUCUUACCCUGAAUAUAUAUAUAUGUACUUGUCAUCCUAAUUUAAACCUUCUUUAAAAAAAUCUCGUGUUUUUUAUGUCAGUUUCUGAAAUAUUGAUAGACUGAUUGAUGUAUUAUAGUAAGUUUAAGUAAGUAAAUUAAUUAAAAGAAAUAAUUUUUAAA